AUGGAUGUCCUCUUUUAUAGGCCUUGGGAGGUGUGCAAUUUGCUUAGAGUUUCGAUGUGGGACUAUGGGCGUCAGUUGUGGGGCUGCCAUGUGUCAGAGAGGCGAGAUUGCCCUAAUGUUGCCAUCGGUAGGUCUGGUACCGAAGGCGAGUGCGGAAGGCACACGAGUCCCCCAAGUCCCCUUGCGAGAGUCUUCGGUAGGGGAUUUGAAGUUAUCUUCGGGAGGAAACACGCUCAGAGGCUGACGUUGGUGAAGUCAGGAGGUCGCUUCGAUCUGACGGGCGAAGGGACGUCUGAGCGCUUCGACUUCCGCGCCUCGCGUGCCGUCAGUUCUCCAUAG